AUGAAACAACUCGAUAUCAUCGUGGCAGACCGUUUCAAACUCGUCAAUUACAUCUCUUCAGGCACCUAUGGCGAAAUCUAUGAAGCAAUCGACCUCAAUACCAAAUCCAGAGAGCGCGUUGCGCUCAAAAUGGAACGCACGAAGCUCGCUGACUCCCUCACCAGGGAAUCAUUCUUCUACGAGAAGCUCCAAAAGGGCAAAUCCACCGGCAUGCUUAAACUCCACUUCCCUACCGACGUCUGUAAUGAGUACCGCGUCAUGGGUAUGGAACUUCUAGGCCCCAGUCUCUGGGACCUCAAAUACUUCUGUGGGGAAAAUUAA